UCCUGAAAGUUAUAAGUAGUUGUAAUUCCUUGUGCUUAUCUAGAUUAAUGUUUGCGAGUCUCAGAUACUGAUGCAGUCAGAGUAAUAAUCAUUAUAUUUUUUUCAGGAAGUUAUAAAUGAUUUUUUGUUAAAGAAGGUAAAUAAAGUGUUCCUUGGCAAUCUGUCAGGACCUGGGAGUCGCUGCUUCUUCCGCCCUGGCCUGACCACAGCAGAGAGGAUCUGUUGCAGUCAUGUCCGCUGCGAUUGCAGCUCUAGCUGCUUCGUAUGGCUCGGGUUCAGGGUCCGAAUCGGACUCGGACAGUGAGGGCAGUCGGUGUCCGCUGCCAGCCGCCGACUCUCUCAUGCACCUGACCAAAUCGCCUUCAGCCAAGCCCUCUCUGACAGUGGCGGUAGAUUCGGCUCCGGAGGUGGCGGUUAAGGAAGAUUUGGAGACUGGAGUUCACCUUGACCCUGCGAUCAAAGAAGUUCAGUAUAAUCCUACCUAUGAGACCAUGUUUGCCCCUGAGUUUGGACCAGAAAAUCCCUUUAGAACACAGCAAAUGGCUGCCCCUAGGAAUAUGCUUUCUGGAUAUGCCGAGCCAGCACAUAUCAAUGACUUUAUGUUUGAGCAGCAAAGAAGAACAUUUGCCACAUACGGCUAUGCACUGGACCCUUCACUAGAUAAUCACCAAGUGUCUGCUAAAUACAUUGGUUCUGUGGAAGAAGCUGAAAAGAAUCAAGGUUUAACUGUAUUUGAAACUGGUCAGAAGAAAACAGAAAAGAGGAAAAAGUUCAAAGAAAACGAUGCAUCUAAUAUUGAUGGUUUCUUGGGACCAUGGGCAAAAUAUGUAGAUGAAAAAGAUGUAGCCAAACCAUCAGAAGAAGAACAAAAGGAAUUGGAUGAGAUCACAGCAAAGAGGCAGAAAAAAGGCAAACAGGAAGAGGAGAGACCUGGGGAGGAGAAGACAAUCUUACAUGUUAAAGAAAUGUAUGACUAUCAGGGCAGGUCCUACCUUCACAUACCUCAGGAUGUUGGUGUUAAUCUACGGUCGUCUGUGCCGCCUGAAAAAUGUUAUCUUCCCAAAAAACAAAUUCAUGUGUGGUCUGGACACACAAAGGGUGUCAGUGCAGUCAGACUGUUUCCGCUUUCGGGACAUUUGUUGCUGUCUUGUUCCAUGGACUGUAAAAUUAAGCUAUGGGAAGUUUAUGGAGACCGGCGCUGUCUGAGAACAUUUAUUGGUCACAGUAAAGCCGUAAGAGACAUCUGCUUCAACACUGCAGGAACACAGUUCCUCAGUGCAGCCUAUGACAGGUACCUGAAACUCUGGGACACAGAGACGGGACAGUGUAUAUCAAGAUUUACAAAUCGAAAAGUGCCCUAUUGUGUCAAGUUCAAUCCUGAUGAAGACAAGCAAAACCUCUUUGUGGCCGGGAUGUCUGACAAAAAGAUUGUGCAGUGGGACAUUCGCAGUGGAGAGAUUGUUCAGGAAUACGAUCGGCAUUUGGGAGCUGUCAACACCAUUGUUUUUGUGGAUGAGAAUCGACGGUUUGUGAGUACGUCUGAUGAUAAGAGCCUACGAGUUUGGGAAUGGGAUAUCCCUGUGGAUUUUAAGUACAUAGCAGAACCCAGUAUGCACUCAAUGCCUGCAGUGACUUUGUCUCCAAAUGGAAAAUGGCUAGCAUGCCAGUCAAUGGAUAACCAAAUCUUAAUUUUUGGAGCACAAAACAGAUUCAGAUUAAAUAAGAAGAAAAUUUUUAAGGGACAUAUGGUAGCAGGCUAUGCUUGUCAGGUAGACUUCUCGCCAGAUAUGAGCUAUGUGAUUUCAGGAGAUGGAAAUGGAAAGCUAAACAUUUGGGACUGGAAGACCACAAAACUCUACAGUCGGUUUAAAGCCCAUGAUAAAGUGUGCAUAGGUGCAGUGUGGCAUCCACAUGAGACAUCCAAGGUCGUCACGUGUGGUUGGGAUGGCCUCAUUAAAUUGUGGGAUUAGUUCUUUCACAAUCUGGGGUCAUUUUUGAUCCAGUGUCAUAUUUAACUAUUUAAUUAUUAAAAUGUGUUGGAUGACAAUUUGAUUUAUAGGUAAUCUUUUCAUAUAUGGCCUUAUGAAGUUGCCCCAUGGUUUUUGUUAAGAGCGUUGUAAAUUUGCCUCAUAAGUUCCUUGGCAACUUCAUCUUGUUCUUUAUAGAUGUUAUUUAUAUGAAGAAUGACAACUAACUAUAUUUGACAAGUAGUUACUGUUGGCGGGCAGUUUGCAUUUAUCCCUAUAAUGUCACUGAAAAGAUCAUUUUUGGGGUCAAGAAAAAAUGCCUAUUGAAUAUGGGAUCCUGGAGGAAAUGAUGUAACUAAUGACUCAGAAAGGUACCAGACACUUACCAACCCAACCAAAGUGGAAGGAAAGGCAUGAUACAAUUUGAUAUAUACUAAAAGAAGGCUGGAAUUACUGUUUGUCAUUUUCAUUGAAUCAAGUUCUAGUCUUUUGGUUUCACGAGUUCCAUUGUUUUUAUGGCCUGUGUUGUAUAUUUUUACUUGUAAAUGAGUGACAUUUAUUGGCUGCAACAUUCCUCUAAGUACUAAGCAAUGUAAAAUUACAAAGCAGCCCACAGUCCCUCCUUUGACUCUUCGGAUCAGGAUGGACAGGACUGUAUAUAGCAGAGAGGAAAGGGAGAUGUCUGCAAGAUGGAACUCCAGUGAGCAAGCAAGGCUAUGAAUUUUACUCGUAAUCACUGUCAAUAAGGACAUGGCUGCACUCUCAGAAAUCAGGGUCUCUAGGGCUCUGCUUCACCACUGCUACCCAUGAAUUCCCUCUGGCCAGAGUAUGAAGGCAUAGUCCAAAAUACUACCUACUGAUUUCUUUGAAGUCACAUUUAGGUUUUUUUUGUUGUUGUUUUUUUUUUUUUUUUUUUUUUUAAUUACUCUGAUUUUGCUUGUGAAUUCAAACAGUAAAACUUUUGGAUGUUAGAAAAAAAAUUAAACUUCCUUUCAGAUCUUUGAAAAAAAUGUUGACACUAAGAAAAUUUCUAGAGCCUCUCAGUUUGAGAGGCAGUAACCAUGUUUAAAAAAAAAAAAAUCACAUAUUGAACUUUGCACUGCCAAUCCAUUGCCAUGGCUGUGUCUUCCAUGAAGGGUGGUAUAUAGGAGGGAAGUCCAACCACUGUCUUAAAAAACAUGAAUUACUGAGAUGUGGUAAGAGAAAGGCUUCAGCAGCAGUAUUGCAUGUUACCAAUCAUAAUUUUGGAAUCUUGAUUUCUCUUACUGUGUUUUUGACUGUUUCUAAACUAAGUAUCUGUACAUAAAAGUUUUCUCUUUUUUGAAAAGAUCCUAUUUUUGAAUAAAGCAUUCUUUUUUGUAGAAAGUGC